AUGGUGAAAAUAGUAGCACUUUUCUUCUUGUUCACAUGCUGCCUCCUAAUUUCCCUAGCCUCUGCACAACUGAAAGUAGGGUUUUACGCCUCGAUUUGUCCACGGGCCGAGUCGAUUAUCCGAGGAGUCGUGCAGCAACGGUUCAACCGAGACCGGUCGAUAACGGCAGCUUUGCUUAGGAUGCAUUUUCACGAUUGCUUCGUUCGGGGUUGCGACGCGUCAAUCCUGAUCGACUCCACCGCAUCCUUGCCAUCGGAAAAGGACGCGGGCCCCAAUGAGACAGUCCGAGGCUACGACCUAAUCGACUCCGCCAAGAAAGCCCUCGAGACCACGUGCCCUUCAACCGUCUCGUGCGCCGACAUCAUCACCCUUGCCACUCGGGACGCCGUCGCCCUCGCCGGCGGGCCCAAAUACAACGUCCCCACGGGCCGUCGAGACGGGCUUGUCUCCGACCCGAAUGGGGCCGCCAACCUCCCAGGCCCGUCUGACCUUAUUCGAACCGUGCUCGGGCUCUUCCGGGCCAAGGGCCUCACCGCCAAAGAUACGGUGGCCCUCCUCGGGGCCCACACCGUCGGGGUGGCCCACUGCACAUUUUUCCAAGAUCGGCUCACGGGCUUUGGGCCAUCCGGUAUUGGGCCCGACACGAACAUGGAUCCUGGCCUUGCGGCCCGCCUACGGAGGGUAUGUGGAACGGAUAUCCGGCCGUUGGAUCGGGACCCGACGGCGUUCCUCGAUCAAGGGACGCCGUUCGGUUUCGACAAUCAAUUUUACAAUCAGACGGUGUUUCGGAGGGGGGUUUUGGAGAUCGAUCGGGCGCUGGCGGCCGACCGGACGACCCGGCCGAUCGUGUCGGAUUUCGCGAAGAACGGCGUUGUUUGCGGGCAGAGUUUUGCGAGCGCCAUGGUUAAGAUGAGCAAGAUUGAAGUUCUCGUGGGGAAGGCGGGCGAGAUAAGGAGAAAUUGCCGGGUUUUUAAUCCAAAACCAUCUCGAUCUCGUCGUGGAGUUUGA